GUUUCCUUCUCCCACAUCUACCAACGCAGUUUCAAACGAAAUCACUGCAGAUUUUUCGUCUUGAAAAGAGCAGUCGUUCUUGGGGGAUAAAAGCCAUGUCGGCCGCUUAUUUACUCUAUUGCAGCAUUUGCGUCACCGUACUCAAGGAACUCAAUUCGAUCGUGUUAGAACCUUACAUGGAUGAGCCCUUUCAUAUUCCUCAAGCACAGGCUUAUUGUCGCGGAGAGUUCACCAAUUGGGAUCCCAAAAUCACUACACCACCUGGCCUGUAUGCAAUGAGUGUAGUGCUUAAGAGCAUGUUUCUGUUCAAAUGCUCUGUUCCGAUGCUUCGACUCACCACAACACUGACUUUGCUGGCCCUGCCCCUUGCGUUGACACGACUAUUGUGCUUUCAUCAGCGUGUUCGACCUCCCUCUGCCAUCCUUUCACCCACCUUUGAAUCCCUUGUUUUGGCUUCGUUUCCUAUAGCAUGGUUCUUCGGGUUUCUCUACUACACCGAAGUUCCCAGCUUGGUUUGUGUAGUGUUGACAGUGGUUGCUGCAGCGGAAGGGCGUCACUGGUUAGCCGCGCUGCUAGGACUCAUCAGCUGCACAUUUCGUCAAACCAAUAUCGUCUGGGUCAUUUAUGCCUUUGCCUCGAGCCAGCUUAUGGAUAUGCGUUUCCGCCGUCCCGCUUCGGGUUCUUCGCUGGGAAGCAAGCUUUACGAUCCUCCGGCAUUAGCUGCGGUCCCCAGCGAUCUUAUAAAAAUACUGAAAAGCACUCCUGCCGUCCUCCCUGAGCUUCUUCGAUUAUUUGCUCCGUACAUGCUUCUUCUUGGAGUCUGCUUUGUUUUUGUCACAUGGAAUGGGGGCAUUGUGUUGGGGGACAAGUCGAACCAUGUACCGGUAGUUCACAUUCCUCAAAUGUAUUACUUUGUUGCUUUUGCGACCGCAUUUGGCUGGCCCGUUCUCAUUUCUGGGGACCGAGGUGUCAUUGGACUAGUUGGAGGUAUACGGAACUGUAUGUUUGGGAGUAAGAGUCGUUCUACUGGUACAUUCAUAACGUCGGCUAUAAUGGCUGCCACUGUGCAUAAAUACACAAUUCAUCACCCAUUCCUACUCUCCGAUAACCGCCAUUAUACGUUCUAUGUCUGGCGUCGAAUAUAUAUGGUACACCCCCUAGCACCAUACGUGCUUAUUCCAGUUUACAUUGCUUGCGGAUGGGCGUGGUUUUUGCGUGUUGGUCACGACCAAACCCUUCUUCAGACCUUGAUCCUUCCGGUUUUCGCAUUGCUCACGCUCAUACCUACGCCUCUGUUAGAACCACGCUAUUUUCUCAUUCCGUACAUAUUGCUUCGAUCACAGGUUGCGGAUGUGCCUGCGUGGGGGAUCGCACUAGAAGGAGGCUGGUACGCUGCGAUGAAUGCCGUGACCAUGUCUGUGUUUUUAUAUCUGCCAAGAGACGGCGUAGGACGAUUUAUGUGGUGAAAUACUGAACAUUGCCGGAUUCCUG